AUGGAUCCUGUCGUGAGCAACGGCUCGUCGCCGGUCGUCGCCAUCGAUGUAGGGUCAGCGCUUAGGGGUGGCGGCCGCAUCUUCAGGAAGCAGCAUACCGCGGCCAAGUACGCCACAGACGCGAGCAAGAUUGACGACUUCUGGUCGUAUAGCAGGCACGGCAACGACACCGCCCGCACGAUUACGCAACUGCUGCACUACAACGGACUCCAGUCCGCCGCGGUGGGAAUCCUCACUGCCGUCGUCGGCGCUUGCCUGAUGCCGCUGGACUGGGUGCCAGGCAGCACGUUUGCAGGCAUCCUCGUUAUGCUCCUGUCGACCUGCGUGGCCUUCGUCCUGGUGCUGAUCUCCGUGAUUCAUAGGCGCGUGUUCCUCGAUUUCGCGUGCAUUCCUCAAGACGACGAGGAGGCCCAAAAAACAGGGGCAUCCUGA